AUGUCUUCCCUUGCGUCGAUUCAAACGGCGCUCCGCAACCGCGAUGGCUCAGAGAUCCAGGAGUUCCAGCUGGAUGCCGACGGAAGGCAGCUUGUGGCUGCAGAUACAUUCACCAUGGCCGAGAGCGUGCGCUCUGCAAAGGGCAUUGGCUCGCGUCGCAAGACUGUGAUUGAGGCGUUUGUGGUGCUGUGCAAUGACGUCCUCGUCAUCACGCAACAGCAGCAGACGGCGGGAGGAGACACCGUCUACCUCCUGCUUGCAGAUCCGCUUGAUCUGGAUCAGUGUACGGUGACGAGCGUGUUCUAUGACGAUGACCGGGAGUUCCUGGUCGAGGAGAACACAAAGCAGUCGUCGGAAGCGAGCUCGCAGCGCGAAAGCUUCUCCUUCAAUGCCCCAGCCAGCCCUCCAUCUGUCGUCGUCGCCAACAGCUUCGUGUUUCGCUGCCGCACCGCUGAGAUGAAGAAGCAAUGGCUGCAGAAGGUUCACAACUGCAUCUGCAGGGCAAAGGGCUUGCCCAUCGAGACGCCAGAGUCGCCGCCGGCGCAGCAAGACCUGGUAAAGUUUCGGCACAACAACUCCUUCACGCGCAAGCGCUCACGCAAAGAAAUUAACGUCAAACUGGAAGAACCGCACGAGCGCCGGCUGCAGUCCCGCGGAUCACGGCGCUCCCAAGACGAGGUCGAGUGCCCUGCUUUGCUGUAUCCUAUGCACGUGUGGGUGACCAUAUGCAAGACGCCAGAGUCGCCGCCGGCGCAGCAAGACCUGGUAAAGUUUCGGCACAACAACUCCUUCACGCGCAAGCGCUCACGCAAAGAAAUUAACGUCAAACUGGAAGAACCGCACGAGCGCCGGCUGCAGUCCCGCGGAUCACGGCGCUCCCAAGACGAGGCGUCUGAUCACACGGCAUCAAGCAACAGCAUCGCUGUCAGCCGCGGUGAUUCGUCACACUCGGUUGCGGCGCACCUCGUCGAGGACGCACAGCGCGUGGCUGAGCGGCGUCCCAUCAUGCGCAAGUUUGUUGAUCGCCUUCGUCGGCGCACGCGCCACAUCGACGAACCGCCCGCAGAGCUGCGAAGUCAGCGGUCCGUGCAGAUCAGCGAGGGCACGUCCAAGCGCCUGAUUGAGAAGUGGGAAAGCCGACACGGUAGACGCCGGCCGUCUAGCGAACGGCCAUCACGGCGUGGAUCAAAAGCAAAUGCAAAGGCAUCAAAGGCGCCAGCGUUCCGUUACGAACAAUUCUACGAGCACCGGCAGUUCUUCGAGGACCAAGCGACCGGGAUGUCACCAACCAAGGACACGCCCACCAGCAGACAAAAGCGCUUCGACUUUGACAUCCCAACAACGCGGCAGAACGUCCACUCCCUCGUCGAACAGUUGGGCGGUGGAUCGUCGGAGGAGCUAAAGACGCUCACAGAGGACACGGUGUCUGGAUCUGCGCAGCCGUCAGUCACCAACACAUACACAAUGUCGUGGGAUUAUGGCGACGAUUUCCCCGCCGUCUCAAGCAAGACAGACGAGAUGGUUGUUGGUCAGGACACCACGUCAUAUCCGGCAUCCCGCAGCCCACGGCAGCCCCCGCCAAAGUCGCCGAAGAAAUCGCCAAAGUUCAUGAAGCGCCUCUCCAAAUCAUCCACGCCCACCAAGGCCAAACGAGAUUCCGAUGGCAGUGCAUCGACCAAGAAGAAGGGCAUGCUCCAUCGCAUGCGUGAAUCGCUGCGGAUUCGGCGACGCGGAAGUCGGAAAAGCAAAGACAUUGCACCACUACCGCCGACAGCUGACGACGAGGACGAUAGAGGCGCAGCCGCCGCUGGUGCCGAUCUCACAGAGGACACGAGCGCAUACGCAGGAUAUCACCCGCUCAAGCCGCGCACAGCGCUGUCGCGACGAGACCUGACAGCCGGCGUUGGCUCGCUCGCCAUUGCCGAAGAUGAGUUUGAUACCGAGAGCAUUGAUCUCGACAUCAUUCGGCGCGACCUCCACACAUACGAGCAGUCCACGCUCGCAAUCACCGAAGAGGACAGAGAUUUGGAGCAGCUGCAGGCGUCCACACUCGCACUGAAACGGCAGAUGGAAGAGGAGGAAGAAGAGUACAACAUGCGCCGCCUCGCUGCAGAGAAGAAGAUGGAGGACAAGCAGAAUCUGAUGAAGCCACUUGACCAGAGCCAAGCGCACGCCUCGCAGCUGAAGCUGCCGUCCCACUUGCUCCAAUCUGAGCACCUGCCGACGCUGGGGUCGUUCAUCAGCGCCAACUGGCAGCAGCUCAUGUAUCCGACAGAGACUGGCGACGACCUGAUCCACUCCGCCCAGAACCUCAGCAGCAACAACAGUAACAACAAUACUGGUCUACUGGACGUGCUGCGCUCACGACAGAAGACGGAACCAGCGCACAAACGCCAAGUGCAUCUUCGCCAAAAGUGGACUGGCAACCUGUCUCGGGAUGUGUAUGGAGUGAACCAGCUUCGCCGGGAAUUUCAAACACAGCACUCGACGCACGCAGCCGUCGUUGGCGGCCUGCCGCGGGCAGGUGGGGGCGCGCUGUCGCCAACCAUGCAACAGCUGAUUAUGGAGCACUUGCACUCGGACGAAGGGGUUGCGAGCGAGCAUCUUUCGCAGCAGACACACACCCAGGACCAGGACGACAGUGGCGAACACGUGUACGAGACCAUUGCCGACAUGUGGCCUGAAGCCAAGCAGCGGCCUCAGCAGCCACGCCAGCCGUACGCUGGGCGGCGCAUGUCUGUGGUGGAGAACAUGAGCAGCUCUGACGACAGCACGAGCGGCACGAGUGAGGCGAGCAAGCGGUCGUCUGCUACGUCGUCUGCAUCGUCAUCCUCAACCCUGCGCCCGGAAAACGGCUACGAGCACGAGGACGCGUCUGUUGCGCCGUCGUCGCCAACAAUUUCGCCAGAGGUCCACGCCAUGUAUCACGGCAACCUGUGGACCACGCUGCCGCAGGAUCCCGUUCCGAUUAGCGUGCAGUGGUCCCUGGCCAAGAACAGCCAGCUUGCCGGGCUGACGGCUGUGCAGCUUCGGCUUCUCGCUGUCUUUGCCGGUGCCCUCGGCCAGUGCAGCGAGACCAGCAACCUGUAG